AUGAAGGAAGCAAAUGCUGCAGCCACGUGUGCACACUCAGUGAGCGCAGCCCCCUCAAGGAAUCAUACCUUGCUGACCCCUUGCCCCACUGUUUUGCAGCACAUCCCGAUGCCGGUGCUGUAUGGGGUCUUUCUGCACAUGGGGGUGGCAGCACUGAACAGCAUCCAGCUCACAGACCGCGUGCGGCUGCUCCUGAUGCCAGCCAAGCACCAGCCAGACCUCGCCUACCUCCGCCACGUGCCCCUGCGCCGGGUGCACCUCUUCACCAUCAUCCAGCUGCUGUGCCUAGCCUUGCUCUGGGUCCUCAAGUCCACCAUGGCCGCUAUUAUUUUCCCAGUGAUGCUGCUGGCGCUGGUUGGAAUCCGGAAGGGGCUGGAGCGUGUCUUCUCUCUGCAUGACCUGAGCUGGCUGGAUGGCCUCCUGCCAGAAAUGGCCAGGAAGGAGUCUGAACUGAUGCAUCGCCAAGGACCAGAGAUCAACGUCUCCGUGAACUAG